UCCAUCUCCAAGACCUCGCGAUUUCGAAGCUCUCAUGAUUGCCCGCUGACAACCAUCGAAUAUACGAAGAUAUUAUACCGAAGCUUUUGGGGUGUCCAAUUCCACUCCGCGAGAAUGGCGAACCCUCCGCAGCAGACGUAUAUCCCUAGCAAAAUCGUCCCGUCCGAAUACCCCCUCAUCGACAAUGACCCACAUUUCAAGAGGGUGGUAGGCUAUGCCCGCACAUCAGACUACGUGCACGGCGCCGUAGCCGCGGCGGCAGGUCCGGGCUUGCUUUGGACGAUGGAGAGAUUCUCACCUUCGCACGUUGGCCGGGGCGGUUUUGCGAGAGCCAUGCGCUUGGCUGGACUAAUUGGAGCGAUGGGUGGAUUCCUAUAUUUCUACCAGCGAUCGAGUCUGCGGUUCUACGGCAUGUCGGAGAACGCCCGUGAAGUGGAGUUGGACAUGCGGGAGAUGGUGGACAAAGUCAAAGCAGGAGAGCCACUAUACGGCCAGAGCAGCCUAACACCGCACAUGCAGGGCGUCGCGGCCCGUCAGUCGCGGUACUCUGCCCUUUUCACUGCGGUGCUGCCCUGGUUUAACUUUGUCAACCACAACCAGCACGGUGUAGAUACAGCAAAGUACUACCGACGAGCAGAGCAGGAGCUAGAGGCUGAGCGUCUCGGUAAGAGCAGUUCGUAAACAGCAACGGUCACACCUGUGAAGAAAAAAGCUCCUAUUACGUGUACAUAUACCGACGUUUAUCAGCUACUAAGUAGCUAGACCUCAGGGA